GGCGGAAGCGGCGGCGGGCGCGGGCAGGGCCGGUCCGGGGCAGUCGGUGCCGCGUCCACUCCGACCCCCGGUGCCCUCGGCGCGGCCAUGGCGGAGCCCCCGCGGCCGCAGCGGAAGCUGUCCCGGGUCGGGGAGAGCCUGUAUCGCGUGCUGGGGCUGCAGAAGGGCAGCUCCCCCGAGGAGAUCAAGAAGGCCUAUCGGAAGCUGGCCCUCAAGUACCACCCGGACAAGAACCCCGAUGACCCGGCGGCGGCUGAGCGGUUCAAGGAGAUCAACAGCGCCCACGCCACGCUGAGCGACGCGGACAAGCGCCGCCUCUACGACCAGUACGGCUCCCUCGGCCUCUAUGUGGCCGAGCAGUUCGGUGACGAUGCCGUCCGGCACUACUUCCUCAUGUCCAAGUGGUGGUUCAAGGCGCUGGCGCUGUGCUGCAGUGCCCUCACCUGCUGUUGCUGCUGCUGCUGCUGCUUCUUCUGCUGCGGGACAUGCUGCCCGCCCAAGGAGGAAGAGUCCUACAAGUACGUGGACCCCAAGGACCUGGAGGCGCAGAUGCGCGCGGAGGACAGUGAUCCACAAAUCCCUGUUGUGGCGCAGCCCCCGCCUGCCAGCACGGAGCCGCUGCCGGCUGCCAGCACCAGUGCUGAUGCCUGAGGCUGACCCCUUCCUGCUGGCUCCCCCAGGACUCGAGGCGCGGAUCCUCCUUUGGGACUGUCACUUUCCGGGACCCUGGUCCCGCCCUCUGGGCUGGCUUUCCAGCCCCAGCAGGGGUAUAAUCUCAGGUUAAUUUGGCCAGCAUCAAUGCAGAGGCUCCCGGGCCCCUGCUCAAGCUCCGGGGCGAUGCCCCUACGUCCCAGCACUGGUGGUGGUGGUGGCCCAGAGCCCACUCUGCUGCAACUCCCCCAGUGCCUCGCCCGCUGCUGUGCCCCGCUGGGCACUGAGCACAAGCAGAGAGCGCUCCGGGCCCCGCUCCGUAGCUCAGGCGAGGCAGCCAAGCUGUCCAAGACCAUUAACACUGUAACCUCUGGGGCUGGGCUGAGCCCACUCCCCCCUCAUGGGACCCUCCCGAUGGGUGCUGGAUGCCAAACGCUGCUGUGGGGUCGGGGUGCUGCUGUCUGUACCCCUUUCCUCUGCCCUCUAGGUCUUGUGGGCACCAUUAAAGGCUGACGGGAGGGGA